AUGGCUCUGCUUGAUGAGGCAGAUGCCUGUUUAAAACGGAAUGGAUUAAUUCCAGAUGGUCCGAUUAGCGAACACAAUAAUAUCUACGAAAUAGUUCUUACAUUAUAUUCUGGAAGAGCUACUGUGACAAAAAGUUUGACGAAUUCAACAUCGAAUCUUCAGUUGAAAAAGCUCACCAUUUUGGCUAAUACAACAGAAGAGCCAAUAUUACGAUUAUUAAAGAAGAAAUUGUCGGGAGAUGCACCAAAUCAAUUUGCUGAACGAUCACUUUUUCUUUUUAUUACUACUCCACUUACUCUUGAAAAACCAUUUCCACCAUUAUGGAACUUCGAUCAAGAACCUACAAUAAAUCAAGUGGCUUUUACAGCGAGUCAAUUGAAUAAUCUUGAUUUUUAUUAUGAAACAACUGCACGUCUAAUGACUAUUGCAUAUGGCAAUUUAUUGUGCAAACUAAUGAUUAAAAAUGGAAAGGUCGAUAAAUGGCUCACAGCUCGACUGGGUAAAUCACGUGAGCAUCUACAUAGAUUAGCUGUAAAUCUUCAAUUAGUUCAGUUAACAUUUGAUCUUAUCGACAAAUACAAAAAUGAUUUUGGUGAUCUAAAUCGUGGAUUAAAUGAUUCGAUAUUUCAACAACGAAUGAAAUCAAUAGUUAAUCAAUUUCUUGGCCGAACUGAUGAUCAAGCCAGAAUUAAACUUGAAAUUCGAUUAUCUAUUUCAAAUUCUGCUGUAAAAUUGCUAAAUCUACUACUUCGUCAAUACAUAUGUAUUUUUGGAGACGAAAAUAUCUAUUUGUACGUAUCUGACUCUAGUUCUUUAAUUUGA